GAACUCGUCUCCUGUCUUGUUGUUACAAAAAAAAAAAGCUCGUCUCGGUCUCCUCCUAUAUGUCUCUCACUCUCUAUCCAAAGAAUAAAUAAAAAAAAAGAAACAAAAUCCGGAAAACCGACGUAGAAUCGUCAUCUCGUCGUCGUCUUCUUUUGCAUCUCGUCGGAAUCAAUUCGAUUCGGAAUAUCCUUUGUAUAAUCUUCACCGAUUAAUCAAUUUUCCCCUUGGAAUUAAUUGCUCUGAUCUCUUUCUGGAUUCUCUUCGGUUUUUAAUUCGUUGAAAAGUGGGAAUCUUUAGUUUUCGAUAGAGAGAAUAUGGAUUCAGAUUCGUGGACUGAUCGUCUUGCAUCGGCUUCAAGAAGAUACCAGCUCGAUUUCUUGUCCCGAUCUGAUAAUUUCUUGGGGUUUGAGGAGAUAGAGGGAGAAGAUGAUUUCAGGGAGGAGUAUGCUUGUCCCUUCUGCUCUGACUACUUUGAUAUCGUCUCCCUCUGCUGCCACAUCGACGAAGAUCAUCCUAUGAACACUAUUAACGGGGUAUGCCCCGUUUGUGCGGUGAAAGUGAGCUCUGAUAUGGUUGCUCAUAUAACACUUCAGCAUGCAAACAUGUUCAAGAUGACUACGCGGAAAAGGAAAGCAAGAAGAGGAGGUGGAGGUGGGGCUCAGUCCAUGCUAUCAAUCUUGAAGAGGGAGUUUCCUGAUGGAAACUUUCAGAGCUUGUUUGAAGGAUCCUCGCGUGUUGCUGUGCCUCCUCCUUCGUCGUCUUCCACUAUAGCUGCUGACCCUUUGCUCUCUUCCUUUAUUACGCCAAUGGCAGAUGAACUUUUUGUUUCAGAUUCAGCCAAGAAGGCAUUGAAUCAGAGUUUGCCUCAACGGAAUGUUGAAAAGAAGUCGCUUUCAGCAGAGGAUCACAGAGAAAAGUUGAAACAGAGCGAGUUCGUUCAAGGGAUCUUCAGCUCUAUGAUUCUUAAUGAUUGUUUAUAAAAGGAGAAAAGAUAAACUUAUCUACGGUUUGUUAGAUCGAUCAUUCAGCGAUUGGAAACAAAAAAGAGUGUAACAGAGUUGUUUAUGUGAUCUGGGGGAAGGGUUCAGGGAUAACCAGAAUAAUGUUAGUGAACUUUGUAAGAGUCAAGAGAGACAUGAAUAAUGAAGUAUUAUUUAUCUUAUUCAACACUUACUUUCUCUAGUGAGAGCACUCGAUUUGUCUGUAAGAAAAACAUCAUCAUAAGAAAUGUAUGUAAUUCGUUUACAUA